AUGAACCCGUACAAUCAACCAUAUGGAUUUCCCCAGCAGACUCCUGGUCCGCCUCAACCUCCAUGGCAAGCACCUCCUCGCAGACAGGGAUGGACCGAUCCAAGGCUUCCAUCGCAGUCUCCCGGAUCCCCCUACAAUUCCAACUCGCAUGCAUUCGGACCACCUCUCCCACCUCCACCUCUUCCGACGCAACCAACACCACCACCACCGCAGGUUGACACAUCCGCCUGGGGAGUCCGAUAUAACCAAGGCCUCGUCUCACAGAACUAUGAUCCUAAACCUCCUCUUCCACCUCGCCCAUCCAGUGCUGCUGGCCAGGCAAGCCCACGGCCAGAUCAUGCCGCUACCGUGAACUAUCCUCCACAGGCACCACCGAAUCCUUCCAGUCAACCACCAUCACAGCAAUAUCCAACCUCGUGGAGUGAUCCAUAUCAUUCGAAUCCGUCUCCUCAAGCCUCUACUUUCCCUCCGCCCCCGCCUCCGCCUCCGCGCCCGGCAGAGUAUCAAGCACAGAUACAGGCUCAACACAAUCGUGUCAAUAUUCCCCAUCAAGAGUACUCUCACCACCCUGCCUCACAUCAUUAUGAACCACAAUCGCAGAAUGCCUGGAACACAAUAUCUGCACCACCAACAGGGCCAACAUAUCACCCAACCGCUCCAGCUCCCCAGCAGAUAUCUGAAGCAAUUGACGGUCCAUUGGUGUCACCCAUAGAACCCAGUAAUGCGUACUGGGGUCAGCAAGGCCAUUCAACCGCGGGACAUAGCUCUAAUAAUUAUCACACCAAUCCAAAGCCCGAUGGAAAACUGGGAUCUUCACAAGCGCUGGGAUUCGGUGGGCCUUCUGAUUGGGAACGCUACGAGACUGGAGCGCCCCCAGAGCAAACACCAACGAGUCCACCGAACCCUCAAGCCAAUAACGUCUAUCAGGCGCAGGGUUCUGUUUCGCCACCUCAGGGUCAUGCAACGUUACCGACUUCCCAGGCUUCGAAACCGAGUACUCCUCGUCCACCGUCUCCAAUCGAGAUUGGCGCUCCCAGCCCGGUUACACCCUGGAAAGAAUCCCAUGCUCAACCACCAGCAAAGCAGGCGGAGCCGCCACCGCCGCACAUCGAUGAGAGACCAUCUUCGGCUGGCCAACGGAGUAAUUUUUCUGUCCGUUCGGAUAGCAUGAAUGGGACAGGAAACAUUGACAGUGUCAUUCAAGCCUGGAACGCACCAUUGAAGGUAAAGUCUAGUCAGGAACCGACCUCUCGACCUGAUUCUCGGACUUCUACACGCGUCGCGACUCCGGAACCCAUUCCUAGCGUCAAGGUCGUUGAUCCUUAUGACGACCUUGAGCCUGAAUUCAAGGCGUCGUUGAAGCGAUAUGCAGCAAUGCUGAGAAAGGAGUCAGCUGCGGACACAGACGAGGGCAAGUUCCACAUAUUUGAGACAUUCGUCACGAAGGAACUUCGGUUGAGGAGCCUGCUCUAUGGAGUUGAGUUGAAGAAGGAAACGAAAGAAGUCAAAAAGGCUGCCAGUCUUGCUGAUAUCCCAGCGACUCCGCCCCAGCCAGUGGCGGCUGGAGGUCCAGGUGAGGCAUCUGAACAGAUCAGAUCCGAAAACAAAGCCGCUGAGCCGAUAGCCCCACCAGUUCAACAGCAAUUCCUGCAACAGCCCAGUGGCAAAGAAGCGCCGGUCCCAACCGCUGCAAUCCCAAUUGUCCGUGACAACAGGCAAUCGAAACUGGAAAAUACUACGGCGACCCAGGCUGUCCCUCCCACGCCCAGACCGCAAACCCAGCCAGCGGUUGAACAACGUCCUAGAUCAAGGGAUGACGCCGUUGCCGCUGUUGGCGUAGAUGGGGAUGAUGAGGAAGCAUACAGUCCAGGUGGUCGUCCGAUAACAAAGGUUAGAGCGCUUUCUCCCGGGAAGUCUUCUGUUGGAACCACUACUCAGGACACGGGACAUGCCAAAUAUCCAGAAUCUGCUCCGUCUCCCAGCACAGAUGCGCCAAUGGUCAUUGAAGAUUACGUGAUGCCAGAUCCAAGCUCUCCAAGCAUCAAUGCGCCGAUUCUUGUAGUGCCCGAAGCUUCCCAACCCUCUCCGGGGCGACCAUCUCAAGCCAACAAACCUGUGGUGCCCAUCAAAUUUGAGCCUCCUCGACCGGCGUAUACGCCCUUCCGCUACAGUACGGCGGUUGAGGAAGAGAAGACCAAACCACUGCAACCGGCAGACCGAGCAUAUUCUUCAUUGAGGCACUCAGUGGCAGAUUCGGGUCGAUUGAUGGCCCAGGAGACAUUGCUUACCCCGCCCCGACCAUCCUCCACCAGUGGCAGGAAAGAACAUGAGGAAGCUUUCAUUGGCUUGAUCCGAAAACAAAGCAUGGCUGUGAGGCAGACAACUCCGGGACUUCCUGGACCUAUCCGCCUGGGCGAUACUGCCUCCAAAGCUGAGCCACCUGUGGCUGUGAGGGUAGGCACCCCAGCGAAUGUGCUAUUGGCAGACCCAUUAAAACAGGCCGUGACGGCUUUGCGGUCGCUGUUACCCAAAGAUGCAUCAGUUGAAAUUGUUCCACAUCCUCAAUUACAAAGUGUCAAGAGCAAGAUCGACGCGGUUCCGGACCAAUUUGGAUUCAUUCACGAGACGGUGGUCGAGUGGGAUCGAACAAAUCGAGAAGUACGAAAGCAACAAGAUGCUGAACGACAAGCCCGCCAGGAAGAAUCGGAAACACAUAUUGACGCUCUUUUCCAUGACAAUGAAAUUGGCUAUGCGGACAUUGGUGAUUUAGAGGCCGAAUUCAAGCUGGUAGAAGCCGAGAGGAAAUAUCGGGAAAACCAAGAAGAACUGGAAUCGUUCACUGCCCAAGUGUUCGCUCCCGUAACCGAGAGGCUCCAAAGAGACAUUGCCGAGUUGAUGACCGUUUAUACCGUGGCCAUUGAUCUUCUCGAUCUUGAAAGCGAACCCGUGAGCCGUUGUCUGAAAGGUAACGGUGAUCGGGCCCGAAUGUCCGAAGUCAUGAAUUGUGUUCUCAACCUGUUCAAUAAGAUUGAGAUCCGACAUCGAAAGGUUGCUGAAGCUCAUGUGGAACGAGAAAGACGACGCAAACAUCUCGAACUCACGGUCCUUUACACCAAUGGUGAUACGGCUGGCGUCAAGAGGUUGGAAAAGGAAUUUGCAGUGGCAGAAAAGAUGCAAGUUCUGCAUGAAGCUCGUGAAAAGGAUCGUCGAGCCAAUAAACUGAUGGACACCUUUGAUCGAGCCACGGUUCGUGCCUUGGGAGACAACCAGAUGUUUAUUGAUGAUGUGCUUGCCAAGCUACAAGACCUCAAGAAGGCCAUCUUUGCUGGAAAUGGGCCUGCCAAAGACCAAUUGUACGAACCAGAGGGACCGCGAGACACCUUGUCACUGGCCCAAGAUGUGGUCGACAUCGUCGUGGCGGAUUCACGCAGAUUACUUGCUUUAUCGAACGAAGCAGAUGUUCUGUUGAAUGAUGCGGACUAUGCUGUGUCCGUGGCGGAAGCUCGGGUGGCCAACGCAGACAAAGCGACGUACGACAGUCUGGAGAAAGAGAAGGCCAAAGAGGACACGAAGCUGAUCGAGGAGACAAAUGCUCGAAUUAGGAGUGUCACCAAAGGCCCCCAAGAGGCGAUUACCUUGAUUCGAGAGGUCAUUGAUCAAAUCGGAGACGAUCCUGAGCACCAAGACAGGAUUAAGAAGGCGCUGGAAGCAGCCAAGCAAAGAAAUGCUUCGAUCGACGUGGGAGGAACCUGA